AUGCCCAACACCAUUGAGUCACUGAGCGAGUCCGACCGAGCAAGUGUUCUCCCAGAGUCAACAAAGACAAAGGAACACGCCUCGGACUACCAGCUCAACAUCGGCGUUCAUCGCUUUCGAGCGGUGGUAGGCUCGCUCUUGAUGGCCUGCCUCCUUAUCGGGACGAUGCUACCGUUCGCGCGUGAAGGUCUACGCGUCGACUCGUUCGAAGCUGAUGAGAUGAGCGCCGCAGAGCAGAAGAAGAUGCUGGACAAGUACAACUCCAUCUCCGGCGGACUGACCGUGUUGGUAUCCAAGCCUCUGGACGUGUUCCUCAGUAUGGUGGUGAGCGUGGCCUUCUUGUGUUUAGCGGCCAAAACCAGUAUUCAUCAUGAAAAUCGUCGCAGAUAUCUGGCGAUGGGCGUCAUUGGGGGCGUGGGGUACCUGAUGAACACGGGAUUUAGUGCACUGAAUGUCCAAGUGGUAUCUGGUAAAAUCCGUCCGAGGAUCAUCUCGUCCGACCUAUCGGUGGAGAAUGUGCACGAUAAUACUCAGCCGUUAGAUGGCGAUCGCUUACUGACGACGACACGGGACGCCAAAUUCCGCGAGAGUGCACCCAGUAACAGUGUGCACAAUACCAUCUUACGCAACUUGUUCACCCCGACGGAAAAUGUUCCGACCUGGUGCAACCACAGUGUUUCCAUCAAAAGUCCGCUCCAAAAUGUUGUCGCUUACUACGGAUUCCCGUCACGAUCGUGGCAGCAACGCGCGCUUUCUCGAGCGUUGGAACCCACUGUUUCAAUGGACUUCCCCAUGAGUUCCAGUGCUGGAGACCUCCCAUCGAACGAUGACCUCCCGAUGAAUAUUUCUAUCGCGACCAACCUGGUUGUUUAUGCGGUGGUGGUGAGCAACAGCUUUCUCGGCUGGUGGUCGGAGGAAGACGAGGUAUGGAGCUCACGCAGUCAAGGCUUCAAGACCACCAAAUAUUCCAAGCCGCUCGUCAUGGCCGAAUACUUGAAUCUAACGAAGCGGUCAUCUGCAAACGCGACUUUUGUCAGUGACGUCCAAGAGGUGGUUGCCGACUACUUCGGGAAGGCUGGUCAUGCGAACAUCACUGACGAGCUGGCAAGGUUGGCGUUUUCGCGUCUGGAUCUGUCGGAGACUGUGGUCUUCGAUGCAUUCACAAUUGAGAUCCCAACGCAAAAGAUCGGUCAGCAGGAGGACAAUUCGUCAGAAUCGAACCCAUUCUACGAAACGCUGAAGGGGCUCGACUGCAACCCGGAGGCCUGUAUCGUGAACGGGGCGAAGGAAUUCACGGAAGGCGGCAACGAAACGACAAUCUAUCCACGUGUACAAGCACUCGCAAUCUGUCUCAACAAUAAGGGAACCGAAGAUCUGGCUGUGGAUAUGAACUACUACAAUCCCGACCAGUAUCUCCAAAAUUGCACGAGGCGCUCGACUACUUCAAUGAUGAUCGUAAACAUUGGCAAGCGUAUCGAAGGUGACUCCUUCGAAGCUUCUUAA